CUGUUGAGCGAAGCGCCCAGAGUCAGAGCGAUGUGGCUCUGCAUGGUUUACAAUGAGACGGACACCAGCGUGGACUUCCGGCUCUGCCAGGACUUCGGCCUCUUCCUGUCCGUGUUCUCCCUCAUCUACCUCCUGGUGUGCUUCCCGUUGGGGCUGUGCUACAACGUGCUGCUUAUCGUGGUCAACCUCUCCAACAAGGUCUCCAUGACCAUGCCGGAUGUUUAUUUCGUCAACAUGGCUAUCGCGGGCCUGGUGCUCAACCUGGUGGCGCCCGUGGAGCUGCUGAACUCCUCCUUCACCCGCUGGCACGCGUGGGAGUACAACAACGAGGUGUACAUCACCCUGCUCAUCCUCUUCAACAUCUCCUCCCUGGUCAUCAUGUACUCCACCACGCUGCUCAGUCUGGACUACUACAUCGAGCGGGCGCUGCCUCGCACGUACAUGUCCAGCGUGUACAACACCAAGCACGUGUGCGGCUUCAUCUGGGGCGGCGCCGUGCUCACCAGCUUCUCCUCGCUGCUCUUCUACGUGUGCAACCACAUCUCCACCAAGAUGGUCGAGUGCUCCAAAAUGCAGAACAAAGAGGCGGCGGACGCCAUCAUGAUGUUCAUCGGCUACGUGGUUCCUGCCGUGGCCGUUUUUUACGCCUUCGUGCUCAUCCUGCGCAUCAGGAAGGAGUCCACGCCCCUCGACCAGGACUCGGCCCGCCUGGACCCUUCCAUCCACAGACUGCUGCUGGCCUCCGUGUGUGUGCAAUUUGUGCUGUGGACGCCGUACUACAUGACCCUGCUGGUACACACUGUGGCCGGAGCGCCGGGGCACAUUAGCAACACACAUUACUUACCCACAUAUAACUUUCUGAGAUGCGUGUCCAAGCUGCUGGCGUUCUCCAGCAGCUUUGCGAUGCCUCUCAUGUAUCGACAGAUGAACAAAAACUUUUCUAACAAGCUCCAGCGGCUGCUCAGGAGGCUGCGCUGCAGAACCCAGUCUUGCCCUCCUGAACGCUCCACAGUGCAGCAAGUGGUGACGUGAGACCCCAUCCUGGGAGAUUGUUACCCACGCCCCUCUAACUCCCACUUUUUCAAGCUCUUGGCAUAGCCGGCACU